AUGUCGGUCGACAGUGGAAACAACGAAGUGAAGCAACUUAAGGUCGUCCUGCCUCCCCAACCCAAGCCCGAAGAUAUCUUCACCGCCGAGCACCUGGAGUAUAUUAGCCGUGAGCACCAAGCAAAGCUGAGAGGACUGGAGCCUAAGCAAAAGAAUGAUGCUGCGAUGAGGGAGAUCGUCGACAUGAAGCAUCUGAAGCUGAGACUACCGUCAUAUCAGUUCCUAAAGUCAGAGACACAGUGGCCAGCGGGGGGUAGAUACGUUGAAGCGGAACUCCUUAUGCAGAUGAUGCAAGUUAUUGGCGAAUGGGUAGUCGAUUUCCUCGGCCAGUAUACCAGCGGCAUAAUAGCCCUCUGGUCUAAGAUCAUCUCAAAGAAGCUCAAGAGCACCGAAGAAACGGUAAAGCACGUUGAUGAGUUCCCCCUCCUUGUUCGCCGAUACAGAGCAACGGAGGGAGCCAUGCCCGAUGAGAUUGAACAAGUCACAUUCAUCUCAAGCGUUGAAGCGAUAUACCCCAAGUGGGUUGGUCUUGUGAGAUUCGCUCAACGCAUCUCAGGACCGGUGAUGGAAACUGAACAACGCCAGAACGACCUCAUGGAUGAAUCGAAGCGACUUCAACGGGCGAAGAAGACCGAAUCAAAGUCGCCGUCCAAGGACACCAACGAGUCGAACGCGUCUCUUGCAGCCGAAUCGAAUAGAUCAUCGAACACUGGUCAACACGGAGGUCAGCAAGACUACUCCGAAUGCAUAUGUCAUGAAUACAAUCAGAAGGGUCAUAUCAACAGAAAAUGCCCGAAUCUGAAUAACAACACACCGACCGGAUCAUCCAACCUUAACAAUAACAAUAACCGAAGGCCUAACCAGAGCCACGCUGCUGCCUCGAAUCGAGAGGCUGCGAAUGACGAGAACGAUAGCUUCUCUUUUGCAUGCAAUGCAGGAGAUUCCCCUGACGCCAUUGUGGCGAUAUACAAGAGAUUUCGGGCGAAGAAGGAGGCAUCUCAUAGAGUUGCAAAAGAUGUGGUUGAUUUAUGUGAGGAAGGCCCUUUGGAGGCCGGUUAUGCCUCCUCUUAUAUUUCUGAGCUUACGGCAUAUGAUGCCCCUUACCUAAAUUCUGAUGCUUUUGACGAUAAUUAA